AUGGACAUCUUGGUCAUCGUAAUCAUCACUCAGCAUGGUGUGGAGCAGAUGAACAAUGUUGGAAAGUUUACAAGACUUCGCUAUGUUGAGGGGCGGCCUUACACGUUUCUUAGCAGUUCGUACAGGAGGACAGAGAUGUAUGCACAAAGUUCCGAUGUCGAUCGAACUCUCAUGAGUUCACAGUCCUUUCUUGACAGUUUGUACCCAUUGAAGAGCAGUGGUCAGCAUUUCCUGCCCAUCCCUGUCCACACCAAACAGGCCUCUCUCGAUAAGGAGCUGCUGAACGACGGUUGCAGGGAGUACGAUGUUGUCUUGGGGCAGGUGAUCAGUUCUCAAGAAGUUGAAGAUAUGAGGAGAGAUCAUUUGAGAAAUUAG